AUGGUUAAGGAAAAUACAGCAUCGACUGUGCUUUCGACUAUUGGAACGGUGAUUUGGUGUGUCCAACUCAUCCCACAGAUAUACUUUCUCCACAAACGAAAAAAUGCUGAAGGGUUUCCACCAAUCUUUAUGGCGCUUUGGUGUAUUUCAGGGGUGUUUAUGGCCAUAUAUUUUAUAAUUUCAGAUUCGUAUAUACCCUUGCAGCUCCAGCCACAUUUGUUUACUGUUUUGUGUUCGGUUGCUUGGUUUCAAAGCAUGUACUAUCCUCCUAAUGAAUAUGGAAGGUUGAAGAUAUUGGCUAUAGCAACAACUUUCUACGGGUUGUGGACGGGUUUAGAAGUUGGAUUCAGUGUUUGGCUAAGGCCGGUAUAUUCCAAGGGAACCAAAUGGCCGGACUUGAUUUUUGGUAUUAUUGCUACUGUUUUUCUAACAAUCGGCUUGUUGCCUCCUUAUUUCGAAUUUGCAAAACGAAAGGGAAGGGUUGUCGGUAUAAACUUUGUCUUUCUAGCAAUGGAUAGUUCUGGUGCUGUUUUCAGCAUGGUGGCAAUGAUUAUUGGAACCUUUGACGUCAUGGGAAUGAUUUUAUAUGCAAUGGUAAUUGUAUUGGAGGCAGGAUUGUUUUUGUCUCAGGUUAUCUGGCUUCUCAGAUUUGGAAGGGAAAACAGCGAUGAUACGCAUUUGGACUUGGAAAGUGUGUAUGACAUGGAAUCUAAAAGAGUAGACGACUCUGGUAGGUAUACCGAUUGUGAUUGCGAAUGA